GUCGGCUCCCGGCGCCGCGGAGUCCCGGGUCCGGGAUGCAGAUGCUGGGGCGGCUCGUCCAAGUCGCGGCCUCCUCGGUGUUGCUGGAAAUGUGAGUCUAAAAUGCAAGCUGACCAUAGCAGAACUCUUUGGACCAUCUUGUCCUGGUCCCUGUCCUUGGACCAUGAAGAUACUGGAAGAGCGUCUCUUCUGGAUGCUGUUUCCAUUCUUUCACCUGAUAGUCAGUGCUGCAGAGCAUGCAGAGGUGGCAAAGCAUGCUAUCAAGUUACACCGAGGGAAGGGAGCGGCUGCUAACCAGAGGAGGCAGUGGGUCCUGGACAGCUGCAGGAGGCUCACUGGGCUUCUUCGGCAGAAGAACGUGGUGCUGAACAAACUGAAAAAUGCCAUCAGAGCAGUGGAGAAAGACACUAGCCUGUCAGAUGAAGAGAAGCUGUUCCAGGUGCACACAUUUGAAAUUUUCCAGAAAGAGCUAAAUGAAAGUGAAAAUUCCGUCUUCCAGGCUAUCUAUGGACUGCAAAGGGCCCUGCAGGGGGAUUACAGGGAUGUGGUGAACAUGAAGGAAAGCAGCAAGCAGCGGCUGGAAGCCUUGCGAGAGGCCGCCAUAAAGGAAGAGUCAGAAUAUGUGGAACUUCUUGCUGCAGAGAAACAUCAAGUGGAAGCACUCAAAAACAUGCAGCAUCAAAACAAGAGCCUCUCCAUGCUGGAUGAGAUCCUGGAAGAUGUGAGGAAGGCAGCUGAUCGUUUAGAGGAGGAAAUAGAAGAGCAUGCUUUCGAUGACAAUAAAUCUGUCAAAGGGGUCAAUUUUGAGGCAGUUCUCAGGGUGGAAGAGGAGGAGGCUAACUCCAAGAAGAAUAUCACACAGCGAGAAGUGGAGGAAGGUCUGGGUCUCAGCAUGCUGAUUGACUCCCAGAACAACCAGUACAUCCUGACCAAGCCUAGAGACUCCACCAUCCCACGUGCAGACCACCACUUCAUUAAGGAUAUUGUUACUAUAGGAAUGUUGUCCUUACCUUGUGGCUGGCUGUGUACAACGAUUGGCUUGCCUACAAUGUUUGGGUAUAUCAUAUGUGGUGUGCUUCUGGGACCUUCAGGACUAAACAGUAUUAAGUCUAUUGUACAGGUGGAGACAUUGGGAGAAUUUGGAGUCUUCUUUACUCUUUUUCUUGUUGGCCUAGAGUUUUCCCCUGAAAAGCUGAGGAAGGUGUGGAAGAUAUCCUUACAAGGACCCUGUCACAUGACACUACUAAUGAUUGCUUUCGGCUUGCUGUGGGGACACCUUCUGCAGAUCAGACCUACUCAGAGUGUCUUCAUUUCUACUUGUCUGUCCUUAUCGAGCACACCCCUGGUGUCCAGGUUCCUUGUGGGCAGUGCCAGAGGUGAAAAAGAAGCAGGUGACAUUGACUACAGCACAGUGCUUCUUGGCAUGCUAGUGAUGCAGGAUGUGCAACUGGGGUUGUUCAUCGCAGUCAUGCCCACACUCAUACAGGCCGGAGCAAGCGCCUCUUCUGGAGUUCUCAUGGAAGUACUGCGGAUAGUGCUUCUGAUGGGUCAGAUUGUAUUUUCACUAGCUGCUGUUUUUCUCUUAUGUCUUGUUAUAAAGACAUACCUCAUAGGACCUUAUUAUCGAAAGCUGCAUUUGGAAAGCAAAGGAAACAAAGAAAUCCUUAUCCUAGGAAUAUCAGCCUUCAUCUUCUUAAUGUUGAUGGUCACGGAGCUGUUGGAUGUCUCCAUGGAGCUGGGCUGCUUCCUGGCUGGAGCACUUGUCUCCUCUCAAGGCCACAUGGUCACUGAGGAGGUCAUAGCUUACAUCGAACCCAUCCGAGACUUCCUGGCCAUCAUCUUCUUCACGUCCAUAGGGCUUCAUGUGUUCCCUACCUUUGUGAUAUAUGAGCUGACUGUACUAGUGUUCCUCACUCUGUCAGUGGUGAUCAUGAAGUUUGUUUUGGCAGUUCUGGUCUUGUCACUGAUCCUGCCAAAGAGCAGCCAGUACAUCAAGUGGAUCGUCUCUGCAGGGCUGGCCCAGGUCAGUGAGUUCUCUUUUGUCCUGGGAAGCCGAGCCCGAAGAGCAGGCAUCAUCUCCCGGGAGGUAUACCUCCUUAUACUGAGUGUGACCACACUUAGCCUCCUACUUGCACCCGUGUUGUGGAGAGCUGCAAUCACAAGAUGUGUGCCAAGAUCAGAAAGACGGUCAAGCCUCUGACAGGACAGGGAGACGGCUGCCUCCCAAGUGAGUCCUGACAGCCUCACCUCGCCUCCCAGGAGCCUUGCCUCUGAGAUGGAGGAACACAACGAGGCUGUGUCCUUGUGUUUGCCUGCUUUUAUAGAAUACUUUUGUCAUGUUUUAGAAUAUUACAGAGUAAUUUAUUUGCAGUCAAUUGAUUAUAUGCAGUAGAAUUGUAACACUGCAUUUUACAAAUCGCCUUGACUAUUUUGCCUGGAUGUGCCUUUUUUUCUGAAAUUAUUAACUUUCUAUUGUUAAUUCAUCAGUUCAUAGUUUUUGGUAAAAGGCCUUUUUUAUUUAUUGUACAACUUAGAAUUAUAAUCUGUUCAUCUAAUAUUUGUUGUUAAACAUACCUACAAUAGGAGAUUUUAAUUUUGGCAAUGAGUUGGAAGCUUACUUUGGAUGCUCAAAGUUCAUGUUUUUUAGGUCAGAAAACUAUCUUACGAUGUUUGUUUCCUAUAGCUAUUUUAAAUAAAGCACUUUCAUGUCUAUUUCUAUCAGGUAUAUUACUCAAAAUAUUUGAUUUUUGAAUGACAAGAAAAUACAAUCUUUAAUAAAGACUACAAUCGGUAUAUUUAUUUGAAAUUUAUGAGAAUCUGAUUUGGUUUG